ACCCACUCUCUGUCAGUUCAGUGUCCAAGUGUAGACGAUCGCAUGUGGAACUACCAGUGAAAGUGAAUUGAGCACACAGUAAUUGUACGCUGCCAUAAGAAAUAUUCUAUUCAUUGCUUAAAGACACUUCAAAUAGAGCAAUUAUGAAAUCCGCCGCGAGCUUUGUGCUACUUUUGCUUUGCUUGUGCAUCUGCCUUAUCGGCGGGCCGGGGCAAACGGACGCCGAGCCGCUGUUUGGUGGCCCCGGUGCUGCUUGGCCAAUUCUACGUCUAGUCGAGGAGGUGCCACGGGACUCGCUCACACCUCAUAGGCGUGUGAAGCGUGUCAAGCGAGCUGGCUUUGAUCGCACAAUCGACCCGGGAUAUGAAUACCAAAACGGCACCGAGGACGGUAAGGAACGCUUUCCUGUGUGGGACGAUGCGAAGGGAGAGCCACUAGUGGAUUCAUAAGUGUGCUUAAUAGUUGUAGGAAAUUAGUUGAGAGUUCAAGAUGGUGUAGGAAUCAUAUGUAUAUACCCUUAUCACAGAAUAUAGCUGUAUGCUCUAUAUUGGUCGAAGUAAAGUCCUAUAGAUGUGGUUAGUCCUCUUUAUGUCGACUUAAACAGUUUAACGUAGACAAUAGAUAUUACUAACCAUUUUAUUUAUUGUAUUUUUUCACUGAAAACGGGCGACCGUUGCCGUUUAAAGUUAUUAAAAUGUGUACAUAUAUACUCAUAA